CUGGCGCAUAUGCGCAGUCCGGCUGCCAGCGGGUGGCUGACAGUUGGAGGCACGAGAGCUGUCGCUUUAAACCGGCGCAACCAGCGCCCGGGGAUGAAGUAGCCAUGACAGCUGCGCCUGAAAAGAGUGGGGCCGCGGCAGUACCGGAGGUGAAGAUGGUGCAGCGGGUCCUGGACUCCUUCGUGCAGGAGUACCCGACUCCCCUAGGCCCCGAGGAUUCGUUACCCGUGCGUUUGCAGAGCCCGGUGCUGAGCUGGGAGGAGUUGGAGGGGGAGUGCGUCGAAAUGGGGCUGAAGCUAUUGCGGGACAGAAAUCUGCCACCUGUCCUUGCUGCCACUUUGAUCCAUGCUGCCAUUGCACAGAUGCUACAAGUGGAUAGCUUUACGUUUAGAAACAAAAAGGAACCUGAUCAGGAUGAGGAAGAGCUUGCCUUACUGGAAGGAGAAUCAGUGGCUCGAUCAUUCUUUAAUAAAUUUCUUGGAGUCUGCUCUGAUUGGAUGAAAGAACCGCAGUUAUCACAACUACCAAAGCAGUAUUUAAAAGUUUCCAGUUAUGCUAUCCGUAACACACGCAGAAAGAUGGAGGACAGACAUGUAACACUGCCUGAUUUUAACACACUCUUUGGCAUUAAGGAUGAGAAAGAGAGGGCAUUUUUUGCUGUGUUUGAUGGCCAUGGUGGAGUAGAUGCUGCUGUCUAUGCUGCAACACAUCUUCAUGUCAACUUUGCACAUCAGAAAAUGUUUUUGACACAGCCAGAAGAGGCGUUAAGGCAAGCCUUCAAACAGACCGAUGAAAUGUUUCUUCAGAGAGCCAAGAGAAAGAAGUUACGGAGUGGUACCACUGGAGUGGCAGCCUUGAUUGUUGGCGAUACACUGCAUUUGGCCUGGCUUGGAGACUCUCAGGUGAUGAUGGUACAGCAGGGCCUGGUUGUGACUCUUAUGGACCCACACAAACCUGAAAAAGAGAGUGAGAAACAGAGGAUUGAAGAUCUUGGUGGAUGUGUGGUAUUUCUGGGAUGUUGGCGUGUAAAUGGAACUCUUGCUGUUUCAAGAGCAAUUGGGGACAUUGACCAAAAACCAUAUGUUUCGGGUGAUGCAGACAGUGCCUCAUUCAAGCUAAAUGGCACAGAGGACUACGUUGUUUUAGCCUGUGAUGGCUUCUUUGAUGGAGUUGAACCUUCUAGAGUUGUGGACCUUGUGCAAGAACACUUGGAAGAGAAUGGAGGUGAUGGCAGUACAGUUGCAGAGUCACUUGUAGCAGCUGCUAAAGAAGGUGGCUCUAAUGACAACAUCACUGUGGUGCUGGUCUUCUUAAGAGAUCCACAGGACAUUCUGAAAGAUAGCAACUUGUACGUGGGAAUUGAGAGCACUGAUCGGAACACUGGGUGCCCUCAAGCCAAAGUCAACUCUGAAAACUCACCACCACAGUUGACCACCUCAACAGUAAAUAAAGACAACCAGGCAGAGAUUCAGACAGGCUGACUCGAGUUCAGUUUACAGUGUUACAUUCAGGGUUUAAUGCUUUUAAUGAAUGAUGCCAAAGAAUUGGGAAAGGGAGUGCUUUGGUCUUGAAAUGCCAAUUUGCAAUAAAGCGAUGACAUUGCUUUGGCAAGCUUGUAAUUGCAUUUGCCAUAACUCUGUUUACCUGUGUAAGCUUUAAUGAGAAGAGUGGCAACAAUCAGUAGCCAAGGGUGCAAGAAACUUAAAUUGGAAAAGAAGAAAAGGAUGCUAGUAUUGACAUGUUAAUGAUUAAGCACCUACCCUUAAAUCCCAAGUGUAAUGGGUUGACUUCCAGAAUUAGGUAGAAUCAGUAAAUUGGUAUACAUUGCCAUAGCUUUUUUUCUUUGCUAUGGUGAAGAAUUCCCGAACCCUGGGACUUAGGUUUGUAGAAUGGGCAAUAGGAAACUACAAGGUGGUUUAAAUUUUUUUUGGCAAACUGCUCUCACUGAUACUGUUGGCUAGAUUCCCUGUGGUGAAAUUGGAAGCAUGCGUAAUGUCUGUUGUUUUUUCCAAAUUUGUUUUCUGUAUGUUAAGUUUUCAAGCACCCUUGUGUACUGACUUUUAUCUCAGCAGAAAAUGCAGGCUGAAUAUUUAGUGCCUUAUUCUGCUCCUUAAGAGCAGUACAGACUAUGUAAUGAUUUUGUAUUGCGCUGUCAAUACAGUGCAGGCUAACUGUUUAGUGCCUUAUACCUCUACACAGCUACAGGAGUGUCAGUGUAAUACAACUUUAUUCCUUUCUCUUCUCUUGCUUGAGAAGAAAACUAAGUAUCAAGUAACCACAAAAUCCAACUCAAGUCUUCAAUUUGGUAUUAGGUUUGGAGACUACAUUGUAUUGCUUCUGUCAGAGUAUGGAUGAAUGAAUAUAUUGUGGGUUUUCAAGUAACUGGAUAUUUGAUCUGUUAUAGACACCUAGGGCUUUUGUAAGUAGUUUAGUAAAUGGUGAACUAACUAAUAGUAAAUUACAUGUCCUGAAGUUGUGUAUUCUAGGACAUGCAGAAUUCAACUUCCAUUUUUCCUGAAUGUUUCAGAUGUAUUCAUUUUAUAAAAUGAUGACACCUAAUGUGCAAAUCAGCCAACUUCUUUCUCAAAGCAAGUCUUUUUUUUUUUUGUUUUGAAACUUCUGAAUCAUAAUACUAGAAGCUCUUUUAAGGAUCUUUACUUUAUAAUAACUCGGUUGUUAGGACCAGCACUUGUGGGCCCAACUUCCAAUACCCCUCCAGCUAAUUGCUUUGCUAGCCUGUGAGCCUGCUAAUUUGACCUGUCAAGAUGACUUGACAGUCGAGGCCAAGUAAGUUUGGUUUUUUUUUUUUUAAAUUAUUAUUUUGAUGCAUGCUUUUCCAGUUAGAAAUCAGCAGGAUCGUUUUUCGCUCUUGAGGGCAAUCCACAAUUCUUCCGGUCAAGCUGAACUGAUUCAGCAUAGACCAGGAGUGACACUUUUUGAAACUUGAUGACAAUUGCAUAGUUUCAUAAUGGUUUCGUAUGAUUUGAUAUUGUGAAAUGUGCUUUUGCCCAUCAGUCAAUUUGGGCAUCUUUUUUGUCAUUUCAUGUAGAUUUAUUUUCUGCACUUUAAAAUCUAGUCAAGUUGCCUUUAAUUAGUGGCAAUGUUUUGCAGAAUCUGAAAUAUGUUGUUGCCUUAGAAAAUGUAGCCAUGUUUGAGAAAGUAAAAUCAUCCACCCUGAAGAAAUGAGAGAUUUUCUUCAUGCCACAGAAGUUGACAAUGUAGAUUUGUGUUCCUACGUCUCAAUUAUCGAACUUAUUUGACUGCAAAUCCUCCAGUUCCAGCAGGUUAUCUUGCCUGAACCUGUUUGUUUUCUUGAGCCCUUUUCCUUUUAAUUGUGCAAAUUAUUUUCUGCCUUGACAACCUUGGAAGGAAACUUCGAGAGUGCAUUAUAGCACUACAGCACAUUAACUUGAAGACUUGAGUGACAGAUGACCAUUUGGCACAUUGAAGCUUGCUUUGUCCAUGCUGUAACUCACUCAGCAUGAUACUGAACUGCUUUUAGAAGUUCUUAAUGUCUUUUACCUUAAUUAUACAGCAUCCCAGAUAUUUCAACCUUUCAGUGCUGAAAUGUUUUCAAGCUCUUUUCAAGUCAUUGCUGUGAUAUAUGCUCUGAUCCAACUGGAUAUUUUCAUCUCAUUCCAUGUUACUGUUAUCCAUACUCUUCAAUGCUUUGUCAUGUAGCUGGAGGUUCUCCAAUGUCAGUCAAUUUUAUUUAAACCAUAGCUCUAUCACAUCAGUGACAUGAAAAGGUUGAUGAAAAUUAAUGCUGCACUUAAAAAGGAAGUCUGCCUUUGAGUCUGACGUUUCAGGCCUAGACCCUUCUUCUAGACCCAUUUCUGAAGAAGGGUCUAGGCCCGAAACAUCAGCCAUGCUGCUUGGCCUGCUGUGUUCAUCCAGCUCUACACCUUGUUAUCUCAGAUUCUCCAGCAUCUGCAGUUCCUACUAUCUCUGCCUUUGAGUCUGACAGUUGUAAAGCCUUAGUGUUAAUUCCAUAGCUCAAUGGUUCAUUUUUGUCACCAAGUAUCUUAAUAUUUUUCUUCAGUGCUUUCCACAUUGUCUUUACGUAGAAAGGGAUUGAGCUGACAAAAUGCUUUUCAAUGUUUCCAUUGUGUUUGGUUUUUAAAAUAUCAUUUAACUUCUAUCUUUGCUUUUGAUUUCUGUUACACAAUUGAUCUAAAUUCUCUUGCACACCUAUUUUGUAAAUAAUUUGUCUUUUGUGAAUUUAAUGAGUUAGAAAUCGUUUGUGUAUCUGAAUUACUUAUAGAGAAACAGGCAAUCAGGCAUUGACUGAUGUACUUCUGCACUCAAUGUCUGUCUGGCAUGGUUCCACUUUUUAUAUACAGAUUCUUGCCCAGAUGUAUGUUAGUUGUGCUUUAGGAUUCCUUUUACUCUGUUUAGAUGAUAUGGUGUUGAGCAGUUGGUAGAAAAUCAAGGGAAAGAGGAAAAAGUUGAAACCAGAUGGUAUGAUCUGCAGCUGAAAGAACACUGUUACAAAGCUCUAGAGUAUCUGAUUCCAUUUCAUAGGACAUUGUUAGUUAUUUGAAAACAACAUUGUGUAUACUUUGUGAUAGUGUGAAUGUGGAGAACUGAGGAGACAUUACUUGGAUUGGGGGGGGAGAAAAAACUAUCCAUUAUUAAUGUUACACCUGAUACUUGUCUGGUGAAUUACUGAUGACUCAGUCUCUGGCAGAUGAUAAUCAUUAAUUCUUAAGUCAAUCGUUGACUCUUACAAAACUUUUAAUGGUAUUUUAGUGUUCUGAAUUUGUAAGGGAUCCUUACUGAACCUGUAACAAUGUUUUUGCACUGUUUGUUAAUUGAAAGUAUUGGGCUGUUGAUAUUCUCGGCCUGUAUAUAUCAUCUAUUUUACUUGCAUUUAUAAUUGCAUUUUUGAUAUGUUUUGAUAAUACAACAAGACUUUAUAACCUGAUUUUAUUUAUUCACAUUGCAUGAAAUUAACUUUUUUUUAAGCAAACCUAAGUUGGGAGAUGGUGCCUGGUCUGGUUUUGUGCUUGUUGACGUGUUGUGCAGUUACUCCAGGGGUCCUGUAAUGGAAUGGCCUUGAGUAACACCAUGAACAUUGCUCAUGCCUAACAGCGAAAGAAUCUUUCCACAUGUUAGCAUCAUCGAUUUUAAAGAUUUGAAAUAUUUGAAGAAAAUAGUAACGGAAGCCCUCCUCUCUCUUUUUUUAAUGCUUUAGUGGCAAGAUGCAUUUUGUUGUUAUUUCCAGUUCAGUUCCUGGAUUACAUUUUUUUGUUUUACUGGAUUUGCUAUAUUUCCCUCGGUGCCUUUUCAGUUGCUGUAGAGUCCUACAGGAUAUAGAAUCUAAGUAUUUAUUUUGUAAUCUCCAUUUUAAUAUCAGUUGUCUAUGCAUGCAUCCAAUGUGAAAUAUUGGGAGAAAUAGCUGUCUUGAACAUGGCAUGCAUUUAUCCUGUUCAUAGAACAUAGAACAUAGACGCUGCAGGGAUGAUACUUUUGGCUGUGGGUGUUUUUACAAACUCUAAGCACAUGGCUGCUGUAAAGUCAAAGUGACCAGUUGAUCCUUUGGCCAAAGCAAGGUUUGUACCUGCAUCUGCUAAUGUGCUUGUUGAUUUGUUUUGUGCAAAUCUUCAAUAAUGAGAUGCUGAAAUGAAAGUGGUCAUCAACUUUAGAUUUGCUCAUUAAAAUAGAAAAUGCUGAAACAUAUUUAGUAGAUGUGGCUAGAAAAAUCACUGAUCCAAAAUGUUAAUUUUGUUUCUUUCUCCAAAGAUGCUGAGUUUUUCUGCAUUUUUCAUUUUCUUUUUGAAUUUCCAGUAUGUGCAUUUUGAUAUUGUUUUAUUGGUUCUUUUGGAUGGGGUGAAACUGGCAAAGGCAAUAUUUAUCAUCAAGCCAUAAUUACCCUGAAAAGCUUGAACUAUUCCCACCCUUGAUGCCACUACAAUUGUUAAAAGUAGGAUAUUGAUUUCAGUAGCAGGAGUUCUCAUUAAAUAAACUGUUCUGAUCUAGACUAUGUUAAGUUUCUUGAAUAUUGCUAGUGCUACACUUGUCCAGGUAACUGAAAAAACUAACUGAAUAUUCGUUUGAGCUUUGAAGAUCCACAUUUGUCUAGUAUCAUCUGACUUAAUACCACAUAGACUUUCACUUCUAGAAAAAUUUUUCAUAUUUGACAAUGUUACAAGAGAAAACACAUGUAUCACUGAGAAAGUUUCACAAUUUUAUAAAAAUAACUCUAAACAAACUCUAAAAGCAUUUUGAUAAUAAUAUGCACACUUGUUAGCACUUUAAUACAAAUACUGGUGUGUACCUAAUUCUGCAUAUAUAUGUGAUAUACCAAAGGAUAUAAUUCAUUCACUACUGUAGCACUCUCAAUCUGAUCUUUUAAGGGACCCCUAUUCAACAACUUUAUUAUAUUAAAGACACUAUAUUAAUUAAAGAUGCCUGACAGGAGCAUUGUAAAAUUAUGGUAUGAUAAAGUCACAGAGAUAUUAGGUCAAGUGACCAAAACUUGGCCUUAAAGGAGGAAAGCAGUGAGCAUUUAUUCUAGAGAGCCCACCAGUCAUUAUUGUGAGUUCUAUCUCUAACCUGAAAUCAGGAUUGUGAGUGAGUUUGACUUGCAAUUGUAAGAUCAGAUCUUUGCAUGUGGUAAUGAAAGCAAUCAAUAAACAAUGCUACUGCAUUUCUAGUAACAUUGGGGCAGUUAUACUGUCCCCAUACUAACUUGUGGACAUGGGCAGACUAUCCAUCUAUAUGACCACAUCAAACUUCCUAUUAACUUAAUACAUUUUUAAAUCUAAUGUUUCCCCAUCCAAACAUGAAUAAUUUACACAAGGAUUUUAGCAAUUUCUGAUGCAUAUUAAUACCUAAAAACAAAAACUUGCUUGUUGAAUAUGUGCAAAUUUCUUUCCUUAAGUUUGCUUUGAAUAAUGAAAGAUUCAACACUUGGCAGCCAUCUGCACACCCACAUCUGGGUUGAGUGACAGUGUGCUAUAAUGUUUUUUAAAAAAAAAUCAAAAUGCUAUAUUAGUUUGUUUUAUGUUGUAUCAUUUAACUAAAUGUAAAGAUUUGUGCUCAAGUCAAUUGCAUUUUAUAGCCAAUCAGUCUUUUUUUGUUCUCAUCCUGUUUAAUAUUUGCAGCAACUGUGAACUAGAUUGUAGUCAACCUAUGCUAUUUCAUCAUAUGGUAGAAAGAACUUGGGGGGGACUGGAAAAAUGAAGUAAUAAUAUCUAAUUUGUGGUGCCAAAGGUAGAUUCAUAACUUAAGUUUACUCCUGCCACAUUUAGUCUCCCUUGUAGCAAAUGUUAAUAUUUACUAAUUAUAACUGAACUACAUCUUCUCCUCCUUUCUCCUCCUUUCUCCCCCUGCCAAUGUCACUAGUCUGGUAAUCUAAUAGGCUCUGUGAAUAUAGGUUCAAAUCCCACCAUGAUCAUUGCUAAAAUUUGAUCAUGGUUAACAAAUCUGGGAUUGAAAGCUAGUCUCGGUAGUAACUGAAACUCCUCAUCGCAAUGUCUACUUCACAAAUGCCUUUUAGAGAAAGAAAUCUGUCUAAGCGUGAUUUCAGAUCCAUAGCAAUGCAUUUGAUUCUUCAAUGUGCUCUGAAAUGCAUCUAGCAAGCCACUCAGUUCAAGGACAAUUAAGGAUGGCCAAUAAAUUUUGUCUUUUGCCAAUGACCCCACAUCCCAUAAAAUAUUGAGACAAAAACUAAUUUGCAGGACAAAUUUCAAAUAUUAACAACCUGUUGGUUUGUUUGAACCUGAUUAGGUACUUUGUUUGGAAGGUACUGCAAAUGAUUUGCUCCAUAUUAGUUCCUGCUAAUAUGUCUCUCUUCCCACCAUAACUUUAUCACCUGUAUUUGUGCUGCUGCUAAUCUAGUUGAAAACAUUUUAUUGUAGUAAUUACUUUGGCUGAUAUGCCCUUUAUUUUGCUUGGAGCAGCAAAUUCAUUGAAAUGCAUGGGCUUCUGCAUUUUAGCUCUGCCAAACAUCUCUCCACAGUCUUGGAGAUUGCAUGUGCAAGUCAACGUGAGAAUUUUCAUGUUAUAGCACAGCUGCGGGCUUCGAGCAAGAGCCAGGACUCUUAAUAACUUUAUCUUCACACAAUAUUGCACAAAACCAACAGGAAGUAAUGUGUUUAUUUCUAAAAAUAUUUAUUUAUCUGCAAUCCUUUAUCACUGCUGUGACACUAGGAUGACUUCCUAAGCUGAAUUUGAAACCUGAAUUGUUUGCCUUAUUGUGGAUGGCGUAUUAACUAUCCUGAAAUGUUUCUAUCAACACAGUAUUAUCUCAUAAUAAAGAUAUAUGCAACUUUCUUGUA